UGUGUGAUGUGUGUCAUAUCAAGGCGAGCACCGAAAGGUAACUCAAAAGGAGCGUUAUCAGUGCAUGUUUUUUUUUUGGUCUUUUCCUCUUCUUCUUGAGUGAGAGACAAUUGAGGCACUGGUGGUUUUUGACAGAACAGAGAGACAGAGGCGGUGAGGAAACGCUUAGGAGCGCAGACUGUGAGUUGAUUGACAGGCUGCGAUGCCUGGAGACAGCAGUGGUUUGGGAAUGCCACACAAAGGCGCAGAGGGCAGUAAAGGCCAUGGACUUGGUGACCAGAAACCACAACUGGAGAAGCGCAAUCACCGUCAACACACAGCCGCCGAGUCCUCCACGGAUCACACUGAAACCCAGUUCUCAGUUGGGGUCAGGUCACGAGGAUCCAUUUUCACACUCUCACAACCGCCAUCUGCUCACCUACCACAGAGUAUCGGCAUAAAAGCCCAGAAGCAGGCAGGCCAUCUUCAGAUGAGACAGCACAGGCCCACAGUUCUGCGCAGAGGACACCAGCCGCUGCCUCAAGAUUUGUCUGCUCUGUCCACUGAGUGCCCAGAUGCUGUUAGUAAAGCCGAAUCAAACCAGAGCUCUCCUCGCUGGCCUGACUCCUCCUGUCAGAAGAGAAGCCCUCCUUCCGGCCUAAAGGCAGCAGGCAGUUCACAGGGCAGCCCAAAGGCAGCAGGCAGUUCACAGGGCAGCCCAAAGGCAGCAGGCAGUACACAGGGCAGCCCUGAGCGGGGCUUCAGCAGUGGUUCUGAGGCGGAACCUGAGAGGUCUCUGUUUGUGAAGAGUGUCUGUAGAUGGCCAGGCUGCAGCCAGACACUUAAGGAAUCCUCAUAUUUCCUAAGACAUCUUUGCUCUGAGCAUGGCCUCGGGGACAGGAGCUUGGCUGAGUGGAGAGACCAGAGAGAGCGCGUCCAGCUCAUGGAGAAGCAACUGACUUUGGAGAGAAAGAAACUGCAGGAAAUGCAGUUCCAUCUGCAUAUAUUUGACCACGGAGCAACUGCUGAGAGCGAGGGGGCAGAGAGGAACCCUGGUGACCCCUCGGGGAUGCCCCAGUUCAAGCUCCCAAACGGGGGCGUUCAGGGUGCCAUGAUGACGCCCACAGAUCUGCUGACUCCUGGCUACCUGCACAUCCCCACCUCACAGCUCAUGCCAGGUGUCAUACCCACCAUUGAUUGCUACAAGUACAACAACAUCAGACCUCCCUACACGUAUGCCGACAUGAUCAGAUGGGCCGUAGUGGAGUCUCCAGAGAAGCAGCUGGCCCUUAAUGAGAUCUACCAGUGGUUCAUGAACAUGUUUCAUUACUUUAGACAUAACACCGCCACAUGGAAGAAUGCAGUGCGGCACAACCUGAGCCUGCACAAGUGCUUUGUGCGUGUCGAGGGUGUGAAGGGCUCCGUAUGGACUGUGGAUGACGCAGAGUUCAUGAGGAGGAAGGGCCAAAAGAUUCACAGGAACCAGGAUGUCAACUGGAUGCCACCCUACUCUUUCUUUUACGCUCAGCGAUGAGGUCAUGUGGGUCACAGACAAACACACGCACACAACCCUUCAGCUGUGUCAUGUUCUCCAACAGGCAAUGGUUGGUUGGGGCGUUCUGCCACUCUGUGGUCACAUUUAUAUGCCUCACUUCAAAACACAGAUACCUCAGUUUAUGUUAUGUAUAUUUACAUUGUGCGUUGCUGAAACUAUAUUCCCAUGCAGUGUAGUAGACCUCCUUCACUACUUAAUCUGUGCUUGUGUUAUAUCCUGGGUGUACACUGACUACCAGUGCCAACCGUGCAGUUAAAUGGCUACACCAAAAAGAUGAGGUUUAAUAUUAUCCAGAAACGUGUCUUAGUCUUGGACAUGGUGCUUCAGCAAAAUCAUAAUUGGGGAUAAAAAAAAAAAAAACACGUAAGACUUUUUUCCCCCUUUACACUGUGUGUUUUCUAGUCUGUUAUUGACUUCUCCACACUGAAUAGUAACACAAUAUUGUGUGCUUAUAUUUUAUGCAUAAUAAAGUUGAAAUUAUUCUUUCA